GUGGAAGCUACAAACUCAACGCCAACUUCAGCGACAUACGUACUGGUGUAGUUAGCAAAUGUCCAACUAGCUGGGCUUUGCUCGUGUUUUUCUCGCCCUCCCGGUUCACAAUCCCCAUCUAGGAAUGGGGUUUACUGAAUAGAACUCCCUAAUCGGCAUUUUACUGAACGGCGUGAAACAGCGAGGAAGUCUCCGCCCCUUUCCUCGAGGUAAACAACAUAUAUCUCCGUCAUCCAAGCGUCGGGGCCACCGGUGAGGGACUCUGCCCGUCUUGGUCGCCUGCAAAUGGAAACAGGCCACGUCUGAGGAUGAAUUGUCGCUCGGAGGUUCUGGAGGUGACGGUGGAGGCCCGGCAGGUGGAGGAGGCCAUGUUAGCCUUACUGCACACUAUUCUGCUGCACCGGAGCACGGGCAAGUUUCACUACAAGAAGGAGGGCACCUACUCCAUCGGCACCGUGGGCACGCAGGACAUCGACUGCGACUUCAUCGACUUCACCUUCGUCAGGGUGUCCUCGGAGGAGCUGGACAGGGUGAUCAGGAAAGCGGUGUCUGAAUUCAAGGAUGCUUUGAGCAGCGACGGCAUGGGCCAGAUCUCCCUGGAGUUCUACCAGAAGAAGAAGUCCCGCUGGCCCUUCUCCGACGAGUGCAUCCCCUGGGAGGUGUGGAGCAUCAAAGUCAACAUGGUCAACCUGGCCAAUGAGCAGGAGAGGCAGAUCUGCAGGGAGAAAGUGGGCGAAAAGCUGGGGGAGAAGGUGAUCAACGUGGUGGAGGUCAUAAACCGCCACGAGUACCUGCCCAAGAUGCCCACGCAGUCGGAGGUGGACAAUGUUUUUGACACCAGUCUUAAAGAUGUCCAGCCAUACCUGUACAAAAUCACUUACCAGAUCACCGACUCGCUCGGCACCUCUGUGAGCACCACCAUGAGGAGGCUGAUAAAAGACACCUUGGCCCUGUGAGGAUCCUCUCAGCUGAUCCCAGUCUAGUCAUGGUUGCUAACAUGUUGCUGUCUAGAGACAUGUCAGCUCUUCUUUAUUUGUGAUUCUGUGUUGCUUCUGUUAACAUUUCCAUGAGGUAUUUCUUGUUUCGAGGAUUUGUUUGCGUUAGAAUAGGAACAAGACCGUACGUUGGUUAACGUAUGUAAAUAGUGUCAAGUUUUCAAAUAAAGGAUCCCCCAUUGUCUUUCUGA